AUGUUUGGGGCAAAGAUCAUGGGAUACACCGCUUGCAUCACUGCCCCACCGUUCUUCGUUUGCCGACGCAUUCAUGUCAGUCUUGGGUGGAAGGUGGUCACAGAAGGAAUCGCUCUUGCGUUCGUGGCGACGGCACUGAUGCCAGGUGGAUGGGUGUUUGCGUUGAUCUUCUUUGUGAUGCUCUUCCUUCUUGGAAUUGGAACACAAUUUGGGCUUGUCUCCAUCUUUCGGCAGCUUUCUCGGACUCAUUCCCGAAAAUAUGUUUUGGGGUCGUUCGAAGCUUUUCUUCACGCUGCUCAUUUGUUUCGUCUACUUCUUGCUGGGAGUCAUCGUGUGUUGUGGGAGUGGUUUAUGUUGGACGCUUUCACGGGUAGUGUGGGCAUUCCGCUUUGUGCAGCGAUGGGUCUUCCUAUUGUCUGCUACAUUUACGGUAUCUGCAACUUUAUCAUCGACAUUGACGAACUUUUUGGAAAGCCAAGUAAUUUCGUGUCACGUUGGGUUUUUGGAACUCGACCACCCUACUUUAUCAUCACAUGGAUGUUCUGUGCGCCGGUUAUUGGAGUGGUUGUCUUUGGAUAUCAAACCUUCAUGCUGAUCUUGAACAUCUUCAGUAACACAUACAAUGUCCCAGGUUCCCAGCGUUUGGUGUAUGGAACACCUUCAAAAUUAUUUACAUUCAAAGAAAGUCAUGACGCGAGUUGUUCCGAGUGCAGCCCAAUAAUCGAUGAUAUGCUCGCAUUCGUGGCAGAGAGAGCGCAUCUUAUCGGAGGAUUUGGAAAUCAGGCAGCGCAAUGUGAAAGUGUGAUCGCCGACGUCUACCAAAUUAGAAGAAACCUCAACAAGCAAAGUGGAGACGAGUGCCAAUCGAAAGGAAGCCUUCCAACCGAUCAAGUGAACAAAGCGACCAAAAAGGAA